AUGGCUCCCGCGUCGCUUCCGCCAGGCUCUGAUGGCAGCCAGCCCAAGGACUUCACCCGUGCCCUGCCAUUCCAGCUGUCCAUGGCCAUCCUGGGGCUUUUGGAUCAGAAAUCCCUGGAUGCCUGCUCUGCUGUGAAUGGUCACUGGGCGUUCCUGGUCAGGCGGGUCCGGGAGGACAAGACGUGUCAGAACACAGUCCAGAAGAACCUCCUGCAGAUGCAGGAGCUGUGUCCUAGAAAAACCAUGCCAAACUAUGCCAAAAGAGUCGAUGUGCAAAUUCCCCAGCUAAACGAUGAGGGUGAGGUCACUGAAGUGAAGGACAAGGAGCAGAAGAAGAGGCGUAAAUCCAAGACAGAGGAUUUGGGUCUGCAGGAAGCCUAUCGGGAACUGAAAACUGACAAGAUCGAGCUGGAGGAGAGGAAUGUGUUCUGUGGCCCCUACAAGACCCGUGUCCUCAUGGAGCAGUGUGACAGGACAAGGAGAGCCCACUACAGCGGUGGGCACUGGGUGGCUGCUGGCAGCAGGAGGCUGAGGCUGCUCCGAGUGCCGGGAGGGAAGGAGGAGCUGCUGCUGCACGGCCAUGCCGGGCUCAUCAGAGCCCUGUGCCUGCGCGAGGACAGAGGGAUCCUGCUCAGCAGCGCCAGCCUGGAGCUCAGCAUCAGGUGCUGGAAUAUUCACAGUGGGGCCUGUGUGAGAACCUUCACGGGUCACUAUGCGACCAUCACCUGCCUGCAUUCCCACCAGGAGCACCUGGUGUCAGGAGCUGGGGAUGGUAUGGUGAAAGUGUGGAGCCUGGAGAGUGGGAAAUGCCUCAGGACCCUGAUGCACAGCAGCCCUGUGGGGGCAGUGAGGAUGGACGGGACCCACGUGGUCAGUGGGGGCCACCGAGGGCUGGUGAAGGUCUGGAGUGCUGAGACAGGGGCUCUGAUCAAGACAUUAGAGAGGCACCAAGGCCCAGUUCUCUGCUUGUCCUUUGACCAGUGGCACCUCGUCACAGGGGGCAGUGAUGGAUAUGCCCUGGGAUGGAGCAUGCUGGGAAAAUUCAGGAGAUGCCUGAUGGCUUUCUUCCAUCCCAAGGAAGUGCUGUCCCUGGAGUUCCUGUACCUCCGAGUCAUCAGUGGCUGUGCUGAUGGAUGCAUUCGGAUAUUCAACUUCCUGACUGGCACCUGCCUCCGAGUGCUGGAGCCCGGCGGCAGCGGGGACCCCGUGUCUGCUCUCUGUGUCGCAGGAAACAGGGUGGUGACCAACUCCCCCAGCAGGCUGCUGCUGCUCCAGUUUGAGGAGGUGGCGUGGGACUAUUCCCUGCCCGCUGACAGAGAGGUGCCGAAGCAGGACAGGAGGUCCCAGAAGGGGAAGCGCCAGGGCACCAGUGCAGAGCCACAGCGAGCUGCAGACAAGUCCUCAAAAUCUCGCCAGAGACCAAAGAGCCAUGGAAGACCCAAAAGUGAUGAAGCUGAACAUGGCUCUGCUUCCCCUGCAGCUGAGGAGUCAGAGGCCACUGUGGAGUGCGAGCUGCCCCAGAGAGACCCAAGGAGUCCCAUGUCCCCUGACAAGUUCCUGCUGACCAUCGGCACGCUGCAGAGCUCCUGCAGGGCCGGCGGUGGCAGCCGCAGCCCCAGCCUGCUCUCUGCCAGGGCCAGGGCAGCCCGGCAGCAGCAGCAGCGCCCCGGGCAGCUGCCCAUGCCCAGGAUGGCCCUGCAGCACCAGGAGGAGCGGGCAGCCCAGAUCCGGCGUGCCAGGCUGCACAGCCAUUCGUUGGCCGUGACAAAAACCUCAAUUCCCUUUGAAACCAAACUGCUGCGGCUCAGGCUGGAGAACUCUCUGCACAGCCCCGCUGUGAAAUCCUCCAUCCCUGCUCCCCGUGUUGUACGUCCCAAGCUCUGUGUCUCACUGGGAAAAAGGAGAACUCCCAGUGGCCGUGGGAAAGACACUCCUGGUCCCAAAGACAGGCAUCAGCUCAUCAAUCUCUGCGCAGCUUCUUCAGAGCUGAUCCAACCAACGCCUGGCACGGCUGCAGAGAUGAGGAAUGGAGGUCCCAGGAGAAUAAAGCCCUCCUGUGCCUACACUUCCCGCAGGGACAGUGGGCUCAGGCUCCUGACAGCAGAGCAGGAGCUGCGUGAGGCAGCUGUGGCAGCUCAGCACCAGGCACAGCAGGCAAAGCCCACGGAACACAAAGACAGAGCCAGAAGGAAAGCCUGGCUGAGGAAAAUUAAAGGCCUACCUGUGGAUUCUUUUACUGGGAAGAGGAAAACACCUGCUCCAGAACUUGGGCAUAACACAUUUAUCUGAGGUGAUCCCCAGGUCUAGCCAACAGCCACGACCUGGGGUCUAGUGUCCAGCUGAGUCUGCCAUGUGGCUUUUAAGUAUAAAAUACAGAUAUAUUCAUUUAUAUACAUUUAAGUAUAUUUAGUUUAUUUAAGUGUACUCCCUGUGGUUUUAAAAACCAGUAUAAAACACUGCUCCACUGCAAGUUUUCCUAAGAAAUAUUGUUGGUAUAUUCAGCCAUUUGUCAAGGUAGUGAAUGGACUGAGCCCUCUCCUGGAUGUAACUCCCUAAGCCUGCUGUUGUUACUAACAUGGCACUGUCUGACACCAGCACAGCUCAGGAUGGGCUCAAUCCUGUGAGAACAAUAAUAAAAACUUCUUAUCAGAACUUCUGUGGAUUGAUUACGGUGUAGAAGCUGAAGAUGUGUGGACUGAAAUCCGAUGGAUCAGUGGCACAAAGUCUGCUUGGAGGCCAGUAACUGGGGUUGAUCUGGGUCUGAUUUUGUUUAACAUCACCAUUAAUUAAUGCCCCGGACCACGGGCAGGGUGCCCUGAGGUGUCACUGACCCCAGAGGUGCUGCCAAACCGAGGGACCCGGCCAGGCUGGACAGAGCUGAGGGAACCCUGGGGAGGUUCAGCAGGGAAGCUCCAGUGCUACUCUGGGGAGGAACAGCUCCAGCCCCAGGAGCUGUGGGAAGCAGCUUAGACUUCAUGUCUAUGAAAUGCAAAAUGGGGUAAGGGGGUCAAUCUCCCCAUUUCUGUGGAUAAAUGCCUACAUGUACUUGAUUGUGCAAGGUCUCCUGUCCAUGGCAGGGGGGUGGAACUGGAUGGUCUUCAGGGUUUCUUUCAAGCCCAACUACUCUGUCAUUUUGUGGUUUCCAAUAACGCUGAGAACUUAACAGGAUGACAAAAGCCUUUCUAGUAUUUUAAAAACGCGAUUUAUCUAGCUUUGAGCGUCUGGGCUGGUGUACCAAAAAUCUGUUGUAUCAAAGAUUUGAGAGAGGCCAGUUCUGCCCAUGGUGAUGCCAAGGGGCUUUCAGCAGCUGUUCUGGUUUGAAAUUAAACUCUCUGAAACUGUCCCCACAGUGGAGCUGUGAUUAGCGUUGGUUUGUUUAAUUCAAUGCCACCUUGGACUCGCAAACGCUGGGAUGAAGCCAGCGAAAGUGACCGCGGGGAGGCUGCAGCUGGCGCGGCACAGGGACCGAGCCGGGGGGCGGCCGUGCGGGCAGGACGGAGCGAUGGAUGAUGGCAGCUC